AACACAGAUUACAGAAACUGCCCAUUAAAUACUUCAAUAUUCUCCACCAAAUUUUUCGAAUCAAAAAGUAGUAUUUCUACUACUUAAACAUUUUUUUACGGAUAUAUCUGUAUAACUGAAGGAAUCAUAAUAUUAUUAUUAUUUUAUUCUUGUUAACAAACUAUUUCAUCAUGGGUGUAGAUGUAGAAACGCUGUCUCCAGGAAAUGGCUCUACUUAUCCCAAACCGGGUCAAACGGUGGUAGUUCACUAUACCGGAACUUUACAGAAUGGUAAAAAAUUCGACUCGUCAAGAGAUCGUGGCCAGCCCUUCAAAUUCACGUUAGGCAAAGGAGAUGUUAUAAAAGGAUGGGACCAGGGUUUGGCAAAAAUGUCUGUGGGGGAGAGAGCUAGACUAACUUGCACACCUGAUUUUGCCUAUGGCUCCAGAGGCCAUCCUGGUGUUAUUCCACCUAAUGCUACCCUAAUUUUUGAUGUUGAACUAUUGCGUGUUGAAUAGUUUUUAGUAUGAAUAAAUCUUGCCAUGUCUGUAUUAAUGUUUUAUAUUUACACUAUAUCUCACAAAGCUUAAUUUAAUUUAAUGGUAUAUUGUUUGUUACUGUUCAGUUGUAAAAUUAUUUUUAGUUAUAUAAAAAUGUCAUAUAAAUGUAUUAUGUCAAUCAGUGAUAAUUUUUUA